UAUACAUGUUCAAUAUAUUGAUAAACACACAUUAUCAGUUGAUAAGGCCUCACUUUGGUUCCGCAGGCAUUCAAAUAUAAAGCGAUACCUGCUGCCACAUUCUAAUAGUCUGAUUUAGUCUGUACUGCCUUCAGGUCCUCUAGCCCAUGUGAUACCAACAGUCCAAACGAAUUGCCAAAUACAAAGUGUUAGCCUUCGAAUUGUAUAUAUACAAUGACCGUUAAAAACGGGGACGUCGUCAAGGACGAUGGGAAUUCGCGAUCGCAGUACAAAACAAAUAUCGUCCUGAGCACCAAAUUAGAGGAUUCCGAACGAGAUCGGAAGAGCUUUGAGCCCAACAAAUCGAAAAAGAAGUCAAAGCAUGACGAGGCAGGUGAAAGCGAUGAGGAGGAGGAGUUCCAGUACAAGGAGGAAGUAAAGCAGGUCGGCUACUUCCAGAUGUUCCGGUAUGCCACCACCCAGGAUCGCAUGCUUUAUGUGAUUGGAAUACUGUCUGCCGUGGCCACUGGUCUUACCACACCCGCCAACAGUUUGAUCUUCGGCAAUCUGGCUAAUGACAUGAUCGAUUUGGGCGGCUUGGCAGCGGGAGGGAAAUCCUAUCGAGCCACUGAUGAUGCUAGUACUAUGCUGCUGGACAAAGUGCGACAGUUCUCUCUGCAGAACACCUAUAUCGGCAUCGUUAUGCUGGUGUGUUCCUAUCUCUCGAUCACCUGCUUCAACUACGCCGCCCACUCCCAAAUCCUGACCAUCCGCUCGAAGUUCUUUCGCUCCAUUCUUCAUCAGGACAUGAAGUGGUACGACUUUAACCAGAGUGGUGAAGUGGCUAGCCGAAUGAAUGAAGAUCUCUCUAAGAUGGAGGAUGGACUGGCUGAGAAAGUGGUGAUGUUUAUUCAUUACCUGGUUUCCUUCGUGGGAUCUUUGGUCCUUGCUUUUGUCAAGGGCUGGCAAUUGUCGCUGGUCUGCUUGACCAGUCUGCCGCUGACCUUUAUCGCCAUGGGUCUGGUAUCUGUGGCCACAUCCCGUUUGGCCAAAAAGGAGGUCUCCAUGUACGCCGGAGCCGCCGUGGUAGCAGAAGGAGCUCUGUCCGGGAUUCGCACAGUGAAAGCCUUCGAGGGCGAAGAAAAAGAGGCUGCUGCCUACAAGAAAAGCGUGGUGGCUGCCAAGCUCUUAAACAUCAAGAGGAACAUGUUCUCCGGAAUCGGAUUCGGGUUGCUUUGGUUCUUUAUCUACGCCUCCUAUGCUCUGGCCUUCUGGUAUGGAGUGGGCCUAGUACUGAAGGGAUACAACGACCCCGCAUAUGAGAACUACGAUCCCGGUACCAUGAUCACCGUGUUCUUCUCGGUGAUGAUGGGUUCCAUGAAUAUUGGCAUGGCCGCUCCUUAUAUCGAGGCCUUUGGCAUCGCAAAGGGCGCCAGUGCCAAGGUAUUCCACAUCAUUGAGCAGAUUCCCACCAUAAAUCCCAUUGAUGCUGGGGGUAAAAAGUUGAACGAACCACUUACCACCAUUGAGUUUAAGGAUGUGGAGUUCCAGUAUCCCACUCGACCAGAGAUUCCCAUUCUGAACCGAUUGAACCUGAAGAUCCAUCGUGGCCAAACAGUGGCUUUGGUCGGACCCUCCGGUUGUGGCAAGUCCACCUGCAUCCAACUGAUCCAGCGUUUCUACGAUCCGCAGGCUGGCGAUCUCUACUUCAAUGGUUCCAAUAUCAAGGACAUCGACAUCAACUGGCUGCGCUCUAGGAUCGGAGUGGUGGGUCAGGAGCCCGUACUCUUUGGCACGUCCAUCUAUGAAAACAUUCGGUACGGAAGGGAGGAUGCCACCCGGGAGGAGAUCGAGGCAGCUGCUGCCGCUGCCAAUGCUGCUGUAUUCAUCAAGAAACUUCCCAAAGGUUAUGACACUCUGGUGGGAGAGAGAGGAGCUCAGCUGUCCGGUGGUCAGAAGCAGAGGAUAGCCAUAGCUCGUGCCCUGAUUCGUGAUCCCGAGAUCUUGUUGUUGGACGAGGCCACCUCUGCUCUGGACACCGCCAGUGAGGCCAAGGUGCAAGCUGCUCUGGAGAAAGUAAGUGCUGGAAGAACGACCAUCGUUGUGGCCCAUCGAUUGUCCACUGUGCGAAGGGCUGACAGGAUUGUGGUGAUAAACCAGGGUGAAGUGGUGGAGAGUGGAACCCACCAAGAAUUGAUGGGCCUGAAGGAUCACUACUACAACCUGGUCACCACCCAACUGGGCGACGAUGAUGGCUCAGUUUUGAGUCCCACUGGCGACAUCUACAAGAACUUUGACAUUAAGGACGAGGACGAGGAGGAGAUCAAGGUACUCUCAGAGGAUGAGGACGAAGAAGAGGAGGUGUCCGACAAGAAGGACAAGAAAAAGAAGAAGAAGGUCAAGGACCCCAACGAAGUGAAACCCAUGACGGAGGUGAUGAAGAUGAGCAAGCCGGAGUAUCUGCAGAUCACAGUGGGCUGUAUCUCCUCCGUGAUCAUGGGCUGUGCCAUGCCCAUCUUUGCUGUGCUCUUCGGCAGCAUCCUGCAGGUGCUCUCGGUCAAGGACAACGAUGAAUACGUGCGCGAGAACUCGAACCAGUACAGUUUGUACUUCCUGAUUGCCGGAAUCGUGGUGGGCAUUGCCACCUUCUUCCAGAUCUACUUCUUCGGAAUCGCCGGCGAGAGGCUUACGGAACGCCUCCGAGGACUCAUGUUUGAAGCUAUGUUGCGCCAGGAAGUUGCCUGGUUCGAUGAUAAGGCCAAUGGAACCGGAAGUCUUUGCGCUCGACUUUCCGGAGAUGCUGCUGCAGUUCAGGGUGCCACUGGACAACGAAUUGGAACCAUCAUCCAAUCGAUUUCUACUCUUGCCCUGGGUAUUGGCCUAUCCAUGUACUACGAAUGGAGUCUGGGAUUGGUGGCUCUAGCUUUCACUCCUUUCAUUCUGAUUGCCUUCUACAUGCAGCGCACCCUAAUGGCAAAGGAGAACAUGGGAUCCGCCAAGACCAUGGAGAACUCUACCAAGUUGGCCGUGGAAGUGGUUUCCAAUAUUCGUACUGUCGUUUCUUUGGGUCGCGAAGAAAUGUUCCACCAGACCUACAUUGGCAUGCUGAUUCCAGCUGUGGAGAUUUCCAAGAGGAACACUCACUUCCGCGGAUUGGUUUACGGUCUUGCCCGAUCCCUGAUGUUCUUCGCUUAUGCCGCCUGUAUGUAUUAUGGAACCUGGUGUGUGAUCAACCGUGGAAUAGAGUUUGGAGAUGUGUUCAAGGUAUCCCAAGCACUGAUCAUGGGCACAGCUUCCAUUGCCAACGCCUUGGCUUUUGCUCCGAAUAUGCAGAAGGGUGUUUCGGCAGCCAAGACCAUCUUUACGUUCCUGCGUCGUCAGCCAAUGAUUGUGGACCGACCGGGAGUGUCUCGUGAUCCGUGGCACUGUGAAGGAAGUGUUGGCUACGACAAGGUGGAGUUUAGUUACCCCACGCGUCGCGAGGUUCAGGUGCUCAAGGGUUUGAAUCUCAGGGUGGGCAAGGGUCAGAAGGUCGCCCUGGUGGGUCCUUCAGGUUGUGGAAAGUCCACGUGCAUCCAGCUCAUACAGAGAUUCUACGACGUGGAUGAGGGUGCUACUCUGAUAGAUAACCACGAUGUGCGAGACGUUUCCAUGACAAAUCUGCGCAACCAGUUGGGAAUCGUCUCCCAGGAGCCGAUCCUCUUCGAUCGCACAAUCCGGGAAAACGUAGCCUACGGUGAUAACUCGAGGAGUGUCACAGACCAGGAGAUUAUCUCCGCCUGCAAAAAGUCAAAUAUACACGAUUUCAUUUCUAACCUUCCAUUGGGUUACGACACGCGAAUGGGUGAGAAGGGUGCCCAGUUGUCCGGAGGACAGAAGCAGCGCAUCGCCAUUGCAAGAGCUCUCAUCAGGAACCCCAAGAUCAUGCUGCUCGACGAGGCCACCUCAGCCUUGGACGCUGAAAGUGAAAAGGUUGUCCAAGAUGCACUUGAUGCCGCCUCUGAGGGUCGUACUACGAUCAGUAUAGCCCAUCGACUGUCCACAGUUGUCCACUCGGACGUGAUCUUUGUGUUUGAGAACGGAGUGGUCUGUGAAACAGGAGACCACAAGCAACUGCUCGCGAAUCGAGGACUCUAUUACACACUCUACAAACUGCAGAGUGGAGCCAUGUAGAUAUCCACAUCACCUAGCUAAGUGAACUGCGAACAACGACACUGUCUAGUAUUUGUACAAAAAGUCAAUAGUUAAGUUAGGCUAAGAUUAUUUAUCACCGCUCAUUACUGAAUAUCUCCGGGAAUUUAUAAAUGAAUUUUAAAUGACACUACACUUCAAUAUUGUAGGAAAUAUAUAGAUAUUUUUGUAUGUAAA